AUGCCCGGCGAGAUUCAUACCACGACCGCGAACGGUCACCAUGACCCCCCAGCUUCCAAGAGUCUCCCACCGCAAACAGGAACAACAGCCCAAGCAGCAGCAGCAACUCGCCCACCUACUACUAAUGGAUCUACACCAACAACCUCCGUCCUCCACGCGAAUCUCAACUCCCCACCCCCAAAGAUCGUCUCCGCCUCAGGAAACUACCUCACCACCAGCACCGGCACGCAAAUCUUCGACGCCACCGGCGGCGCCGCCGUCUCCUGUCUCGGCCACGCCCACCCGCGCGUCAAACAAGCCAUCGUCGACCAGCUAGAUACCGUAGAAUACACAUACUCGCCUUUCUUCACCACGGACGCUUCGGAGAGACUGGCGGAGCGGUUGACAAAAUCGACAAAUGGCGAAAUGUCGAAGGUCUUCAUCGUCUCCUCUGGAACCGAAGCCAUCGAAGCGGCCCUGAAACUCGCUCGUCAGUACUUCGUUGAGAAAGGCGAGCCGGAGCGGACGAGGUUCAUUGCGCGGGAGCAAAGUUAUCAUGGAAAUACGUUGGGGUCGCUUAGUGUUGGGGGCCACAAGGCGAGGAGGAAAGUGUAUGAGCCAUUGUUGAGUGAAAAUGUGAGUUUUGUGAGUCCGCCAUAUCCGUAUCGGGGGAUGAAGGAAGGUGAGAGUGAGGAAGAGUAUGUGCAAAGGCUGGGGCAGGAGUUGGAAGGAGAGUUUCAAAGAGUAGGACCUCGGAAUGUCUGUGCGUUUGUGGCGGAGACGAUGAGCGGGCUGACCCUCGGCGCAGUCCCACCACCGAAAAACUACCUCCAAACCAUCAAACACAUCUGCGACAAACACGGCGCGCUCCUCAUCCUGGACGAAGUCAUGUCCGGCAUGGGCCGCACAGGAACCCUCCACGCCUGGUCGCAAGACUCCGUGACUCCCCACUUGCAAACUGUCGCUAAAGGCCUCGGGGCCGGCUACCAGCCCAUUGGUGCCUUGCUCGUUCACCGUCAUGUCGUGGAUGUCCUUUCACACGGCACAGGCAGCUUCGUGCACAGCCAGACGUAUCAAGGCCAUCCUGUGGCGUGCGCGGCGGCUUGUGCGGUGCAGAAGGUCGUGGAGGAGGAAGGGUUAAUGCAGAACGUGAGGGAGCUAGGUCCGGUGCUGGGGAAAGCAUUGCAGAAAAGACUCGGUGGACAUGCGAACGUCGGGGAAGUGAGAGGGAGAGGGUUCAUGUGGGGUAUCGAACUCGUCCAAGACAAACCCAGCAAAACGCCCUUCCCAGCCUCCAAAAAACUCGCCGCCACCAUCCACGCCACAGGCCUUCGCGAGGAAUUCGGCAUCUCCCUACUCCCCGGAGGCGGCGUCGCCGAUGGUACGAACGGAGAUGUAGUCAUGCUGGCGCCGGCAUACAACAUCACCCGUGAGGACGUCGAGCUGAUCGUGGAGCGCACGGCGAAGGUGGUCGAGCGUGCACUUGGUGCUUGA